UAGUGACAUCACUAAUGACUCGCACUCCGGGUCCGACUCGUCUCGUAGGCCCUACUAGCCUCUCUCGCAGAUCACGCGGCGAUGGCUUGACACGGACACAUGGAGAUUGCUAGUAGGCUACCACUCGUCCGGAGACGCGUCGAACCCGACCCUUCUGUUUGUACAUGGCUUCCUGUCACUGCGGCAAUGUCAUAUGACUGGCGCAACCAACGUUCUUCAAGGCGGGGGCCACUCAAUUACUGCGCCUGACAUGCUUGGCUACGGCGGCACGGACAAGCCAGCGGAGACAGCGCUCUACAAACACAGCGCGAUGUGCGCGGACGUGCGCGGACGUGAGAACGUGAGCAAGGCGAUCGUGAUAGAACCACUGGGGCGCACUUCUCGUACUCUAACGAGGGCACUUCUUCGCAUUCGCAUUUGUCCCGGUCGGCUACAUACCAUUGUUCGCGAACUUCAAAUAUGCGACUGCCAUGGCCACGGUCAAGUUGAAGCCAUCGGAUACGAGCCUUACGACUACUGGCAGUGACCAGCUACAAAAAAUCUCACGGUCGACCUCAUUCUGAAGAUGCGCCAGGUUCUUCGUCGAACUUGAGUACCAACCAAGUCAUGAAGGACCAUCAGUCCUCCUGACGCCCCAUGUUUGCUAUCAUCCCG